UGCUAAUGAUAUCAUUUUACUUGAGUCAGCAAUGCAUUCUCUUGUCUCCAUUCUGAUUUCAGGAACACUGACCCAAUGACCAGAGGAGGAAACCUAACAGAGAUCACAUAUUUCAUCCUACUGGGAUUCUCGGAUUUUCCCAGAAUCACAAUAGUGCUCUUUGCUAUAUUCCUGGUGAUCUACAUUACAACUCUGACCUGGAACCUGGGCCUCAUCAUCUUAAUAAGGACGGAUCCCCACCUCCACACUCCUAUGUAUUUCUUCCUCAGUAACCUGUCCUUCAUAGAUAUCUGCUAUGUUACUUCCACUGUUCCCAAGAUGCUCUUCAACUUCUUCCAGGAGCAGAAAACAAUCACCUUUACGGGCUGCAUUGUUCAGAACUUCAUCUUUUCAACCAUGGGACUGAGUGAGUCUUGCCUUAUGACAGCAAUGGCGUAUGAUCGAUAUGCUGCCAUUUGUAAUCCACUGGUCUACUCAUCAAUCAUGUCACCCACUGUCUGUGUUCAGAUGGUGUUCGGAGCCUAUAUGGCUGGACUUUCUGCUUCUUUAUCCCAAUUGCAUGCCUUACUUCAGCUCCACUUCUGUGGGCCUAAUGUUAUCAACCACUUCUUCUGUGAUAUGCCCCAACUACUAAUCCUGUCUUGCUCUGACACUUUCUUUGUACAAGUCAUGACUGCUAUAUUAACAAUGAUUUUUGGAGUAACAAAUGUUUUAGUCAUCAUGUUAUCCUAUUGCUACAUUAUAGUUUCCAUCAUGAAAAUCACUUCAGCUAAAGGCAGGUCCAAGGCGUUCAACACCUGUGCUUCUCACCUGACGGCUGUUUCCCUCUUCUAUACCUCAAGCAUUUUUGUGUAUUUGAGUUCCAGCUCUGGGGGUUCCUCUAGCUUUGACAGAUUUGCAUCAGUCUUCUAUACUAUGGUGAUUCCCAUGCUGAAUCCCCUGAUUUACAGCCUGAGGAACAAGGAAAUCAAAGAUGCCCUGAAGAGGUUGCAAAAGAAGAGAGGGUACUGA